UUUGUCUUCCAAAAACCCUACAGCCUUUCAAUGUCAGUCCGAACAAGAAGAUGACGGAGCAGACAUGAAAUAUUUCCUGUACGAGUCCAGUCCGGGAGUCUACGAAGUGGAAGACCUAGUUAACGCCGAAAUAGACACCAUGGUAUCACAAAGCGACGUCUACUACCAUUUCUUCAGCCGCAGUAAUCCCAACGGAGUUGAUAUCCGGGAUACCGACAUCGACGCUCUCGGAAAUACAGGUUUCUCCGUUCAAAGAGACACCAUGUUCGUUGUACAUGGCUGGAAGGGUGAUAACGAUGUAUCACUGAACCUAAAAGUCAGGGAAGCCAUUUUGUCCAAGGAGAACAUUAACGUCUUCGUUGUGGACUGGAGUCCGAUAGCAAAUAAGAACUACAUCUCCGCCAAGAACUCAGUCGUAGGAGUAGGAAGGGUCGUGGCAAGCUUCGUCCAAGCAUUGCAGAGCAGAUUCUCGUUGAGCUUAUCCACAGUCUCCUUUGUUGGCUUUUCUCUUGGUGCCCACAUCUGUGGAGCGGCUGGUGCUGCCUUGAACGGAGAAGUCGAUCACAUCGUUGGACUGGACCCUGCUGGUCCGCUAUUCUCUGUUGGGAACACUAACGACCGCUUGGACCCAACCGACGGUAGAUUCGUUCAGGUCAUCCACACCAAUGGCGGCCUUCUCGGCUUCAGGAGUCCGGCUGGUCACUCCGACUACUACCCCAACGGAGGGUCUUCUCAGCCUGGGUGUGGUUUGGAUAUCGGUAACUGCGCUCAUUCCAGAGCUUAUCUAUAUUACACCGAAAGCAUUUUGGCCGAUACCAAUCGUUUCGUGUCGAUGCAAUGUGCUAGUCAUACAGACUACACCAGAGGUAAUUGCAAUGACAACGCCAAAUCCGUUUUAGGAGGUUAUACGGUAGAUAAAAGGUAAGGAAAUAUACUCACUUUUUAAUU